AUGGAUCUUGCCAGCCUGAUGAAUGGUGCUCCUAAGCCCUACACCGCGACCUAUGGCAAGCGUCCACACCAAACCCCUCCCUCCCCACCAGUGGAAGAACAGCCCAAGUGUUCGUUGCCCUCGAUCUCGACCCUGCUGGAGGGUGCCGAUGGCGCUCAGCACGCAGCUAAGCGCCAGCGCAUGAGCCCAGUCUAUCAAGACCGCCCCGUCCACCUCCCACCCACGCCACCAUUGCGCCCGGGUUCGGGGUCCGGUCACCGCGUGCACUCCCCAUCUGAGCGCAAGCCAGAUACUCUGCCGCACCGCUCCUCCAUCUCCAGCACCGGUUCUGCGCCAUGUGCUCCUCGAGCUGCCGGCCCAUACGCCUCGCCAGCUCCCAGCGUCUCAUCCUACUCCUCCACGGAAGCCCCGGCGCCAAUGUACUAUGCGCCUCCAUCAACGGCCACCUACCAACCCCCCCCUGCCCGCCACCGCACCCAUCAUCACCACUACUUCCCUCCGUCCACCGCGGCGCCGUACCAGCAGAACCAUGACCGGUACAUCUGCCGUACGUGCCACAAGGCCUUCUCGCGCCCUUCGUCUCUGCGCAUCCACUCGCACUCGCACACGGGCGAGAAGCCCUUCCGCUGCACCCACGCGGGCUGCGGCAAGGCUUUCUCUGUGCGCAGCAACAUGAAACGCCAUGAGCGGGGCUGCCACUCCGGUCGUCCGGCGGUUCCUGCGACGCCUCUUGUGGUAUAA